GCGCGGAUGAGGGGAUGAGGGCGUCGGGCCAAGGACCCCAGAGGCGUCGGCGGGGAUGGGCGACUCGCGCUGGCAACGCGGUUACCUUCCGUGACCCCCAGCCCCGGCAGCCGGCAGGCGGGGCGCAUGCCUUGCGCGGCCCCGAUCCACGUGGGCCCGCGCGCGCGCACCAGGCCGGCCCCCUCCUUGCAGGCGCUCGGCGCUCCCAGCACAUGGUCGGCGGCGGCGCGCCCCCGAGGCCGGCGGAGACCGGCUGCAGCCGAUCAAGAAUGACCCAAAAGAAUUCACAGCUUUGUUCCAGAGCCAAUGAGUAUACCCAAGUGCCUGAUGGAGGAUGGGGCUGGGCAAUAGCUGUUGCUUUCUUCUUCGUUGAAGUCUUUACCUAUGGCAUCAUCAAGUCAUUCGGUGUCUUCUUUAAUGACUUAAUGGACAGUUUCGAUGAAUCCAACAGCAAGAUCUCAUGGAUAAUAUCGAUAUGCGUGUUUGUGUUAACAUUUACAGCACCGCUUUCCACAGUCCUGAGUAACUGCUUUGGACAUCGGCUGGUGGUAAUGGCAGGAGGGCUGCUCAUCAGCACGGGAAUGGUUGCGGCCUCCUUCUCCCAAAAGGUCUACCACAUGUACAUCUCCAUCGGGGUCAUCUCUGGUUUGGGGUACUGCUUUAGCUUCCUCCCGACUGUCACCAUCCUGUCACAGUACUUUGACAAAAGGCGUUCAGUGGUCACUGCUGUGGCAUCCACAGGAGAAUGCUUUGCUGUGUUUGCUUUUGCACCAGCCAUCACAGCUCUGAAGGAGCAUAUUGGCUGGCGAUACAGCCUCCUCUUCGUGGGCCUGCUGCAGCUGAACAUCGUGGUCUGCGGCGCCUUGCUGAGACCAAUCAUUAUCACAGGACCAGGGUCACCGAAAACAAUCGCUCACGAGCCCCGGAGGGAAGUGCAGUAUAUGCUCGAAAAUGAGAAAACGAGAACCUCAAUAGACUCGAUCGACUCAGGAGUAGAACUAACUACCUCACCGAAAAAUGUGCCUAGUCAAGCUCCCACGGAGCAGGAAGCCAGGGCCGAACAGCAGCAGACCCUGGUGGCUGUCCCCAAGCACAACCAGAAGAAAGCCCCACUGUUAGACUUUUCCAUUCUGAAAGAGAAAAGCUUCAUCUGUUACGCGCUGUUUGGCCUCUUCGCCACGCUGGGCUUCUUCGCCCCUUCGCUGUACAUCAUCCCUCUGGGUAUCAGUCUAGGCAUUGACCGCGACCGCGCUGCGUUUCUACUCUCUACCAUGGCCAUUGCGGAAGUGUUCGGAAGGAUCGGGGCCGGGUUUGUCCUCAACCGGGAGCCCAUCCGGAAGAUCUACAUUGAGCUCAUCUGCGUCAUUUUACUGACCGUGUCUCUUUUCGCCUUCACGUUUGCCACUGAAUUCUGGGGUCUCAUGCUGUGUAGUGUGUUUUUUGGCAUCAUGGUUGGGACCAUCGGAGGGACCCACAUCCCACUGUUGGCCGAGGAUGAUGUCGUUGGCAUUGAGAAGAUGUCCUCCGCGGCGGGAGUCUAUGUCUUCAUCCAGAGCGUUUCGGGGCUGGCAGGACCACCCUUGGCAGGCCUACUGGUCGACCAGAGCAAGAUCUACAGCAGGGCCUUCUACUCCUGCGCAGCAGGCAUGUCCGCGGCUGCUGUGUGCCUUGCCCUGGUGAGACCUUGUAAAAAGGGUCUGUGUCAGCACCCUCAUUCAGGGGACAGCCAGCCAGACAGUCAUCACAGGAAGACGUUACAGGACAUUCCAGAAGACUUUCUCGAAAUGGAUCUUGGGAAAUGCGAGCACAGGGUUCAUAUGAAAAUGGAUCCAGUGUGACACAUUUUCAUGUCACAGCUAUGUUGCCUGGGAAAAGAGCCCGUGGGGCAGGCGCCGACCACUGGACCCCACCUUCACAUUCCAGAAAGGGAAUGCAUGUGUGAGCAGCACUACCAACAUCUUUCCCAAGUCCCUUUUGCUUGCUCUUUAAGCCAAAACCAAAACAACCAAACACUUCCAUACAGGAACCCAGCCCUAUUCAGUAGCAAUACACAGAUACGUGGAAGGAUGCUGGUUCACAUCCCAACACCAAAACUAUGCCAAGAAUUAAUUGGCAAACUGGUGUUAAACGUGUUCAUGUGUGUAAACUACUAUUUUAUAAAGCGACAUCCAGCCCAAGUCAUGGAAAUGAAUUGGCCAUUCCAAAAAGAAAAAAACAAUCUUGAAUCAUUAAAUACGUUGCUAAUUUUCAGAAAUACAAACAAAUUAUUUUUUAAACAAUUUGAAAAAUUCUACGAAAGUUUAAAUUGACAAACUAUGGCUUCUGAGUUUCCUAAAUACUGCAUGGAAAGAAAGCAACGCUUAAAAACUAAGCAUUUGAUUAAUAUGCAAAAAAUUAAAAACAUAUAACAACUUGAACUUCAAAGAUUACUACUUCUCUUUAUGACCAGCCAUCACCACAAGUAUUUCCAUAGAAAUGUUAAAUUGCAUUCAUGUUUCCUAUUGUUUUUCAUAAUCCAAGAAAUAAGUGACUGUAGUGUCUUUAAUUUAAAUCGAUAUUUAUUAUUAAGUUAUUCUAGGUUGAGUAGAAUGAUCAAAAGAAGGGCCGGUGAGAUGGCUCAGUGGGUGAAGGUACUUUCAGCCGAGAUUUAUGACCUGAAUUCAAUCCCCAUGGUAGAAAGAGAGUACCAACUUGGAAUCGUCCUCUGACCCCCACACACCUGCUAUGACAUACAUGCACCCACACAUAUAUACACACAAAA